AUGGGGUCGUGGGCGCGUCGGCUGGUUUGGGGUGCGGCGUCGCUCGGGCGCAGUGGCGGGCUCGCAGCCUCGCGCGGGGGGCGCCGAGCGCGGGGUUACCGGCGCCAGUAUUCUGGCGUUGAGAGUGAGACCCUAGAGCAAAGGAGAACACAAAUCAUGUCACGAGGACUUCCAAAGCAGAAACCCAUAGAAGGUGUUAAUCAAGUGAUAGUCGUGGCUUCUGGAAAGGGCGGAGUUGGAAAAUCUACAACCGCAGUGAAUCUUGCACUUGCACUAGCAGCAAAUGAUUCGUCAAAGAGUAUUGGUUUGUUAGACGUGGAUGUAUAUGGCCCUUCAGUUCCAAAGAUGAUGAAUCUGAGAGGAAAUCCAGAAUUAUCACAGAAUAACCUAAUGAAGCCGCUCAUGAAUUAUGGUAUUGCUUGUAUGUCCAUGGGCUUCCUGGUUGGAGAGACUGCACCAGUUGUCUGGAGAGGCCUCCUGGUGAUGUCAGCCAUUGAAAAGCUGUUGAGACAGGUUGAUUGGGGUCAGCUGGACUAUUUAGUUGUUGAUAUGCCACCUGGAACUGGAGAUGUGCAAUUAUCAGUCUCACAGAAUAUUCCCAUUUCAGGUGCUGUGAUUGUCUCCACACCACAGGACAUUGCACUAACGGAUGCUCAUAAGGGGGCCGAGAUGUUUCGGAAAGUCCACGUGCCUGUUCUGGGCCUUGUUCAAAACAUGAGUGUUUUCCAGUGUCCAAAAUGUAAACACAAAACUCACAUUUUUGGUGCUGAUGGUGCAAGGAAACUAGCACGGACCCUGGAUCUUGAUGUUCUAGGGGACAUUCCUUUGCACCUCAACAUAAGGGAAUCUUCAGAUAACGGCCAGCCAAUUGUGUUUUCACAGCCUGAAAGUGAUGAGGCCAAAGCUUACCUGCGAAUGGCUGAAGAAGUAGUGAGAAGAUUGCCCUCUCCUCCAGAAUGAGUCUUCGAGGGUCAUGGGAAUUUGCCUGGAACUUGACAAGAUUACCUUUGGAUAUUAGCAGGGCUGUGCUGGAAUCUAGAGAAAUAAUAACAAUCACAGUUUUCUUGUAUUGCUAAAGAAAUAAUGGCUUAUUUUCAGGUUUGAUUUACUAAGCAAUGAUUCACAAAUAAAAUCUUUAUGUAAAAAUGUUAA